CAUGGACAACUGCUUCCAUCACAGAGGAAGCCAAGUUUUAAUAAUAGUCUGUUUUAGGUCAUUAAAUAACAGUUAAUUGUGUGUUUAUUGGCUGUUUUAUCGGGGCAUGUCACGUUGACUCUAUGAACACAAACGAUAUUACGUUUGCUGAAGCCCGUGGAGAGCCACAGAAGCUAAAGCUACUGUAUCAAGGUGUAUCCCAGUUUGACUAUGCAGUCAGAUGGGGACAGUGGACUGGAAGACCUGGAGGCCCAACUGGCCAAGAAAGAAAGGGAGUGGAAGGAGCUCCAGGCUGUAAGGGUUCAUCAGAUGGAGAGUGCUCUCAAAAAGGCCCAGGAGGAGUGCUCCUCCCUCAGAGGACACCACCAGCAACUGCAGGAAGAUUUCCAGUUCAACCUGACCAUCCUGGAUGAACGAGAUAGAGAGCUGGAGAGAUAUGAUGCCGUGACUGCCAGAGCUCUAACUGUGGAGUAUGACAGACAGGAGGAAUUGAGCCGGCUUUGUAUGCAGAUCGUCCAGCUGGAGGAGCAGAGAGCCAGAGAGGCUGAGGAGUGGCAGGAGGUGCUUAGUAAAAGUAGGCACAGUGCUGCUCAGCUCAGACUGCAGCUGGACCAGCUCAAAGGUGAAAUUCAAGAACAAGCAAAGGAAUAUGAAAGGAUGAAAUUGGAUUUGCAGCACAGAAUACAGGGGGUGGAGGGAGAGCUGACCCUACAAAGACAGGAGCUGGCGGCAGCUUUUGACUGUGAGCUCCGACAGCGGGAACAUGAGUUCAACUUGAAAAUGGAUGUGAUGCGAGCAGCGGUGCUGUCUCAUGAUCUUAAGGUGAAGCUGCUAUCUAAAGAGACUGAAAUUUACUGCCAGGCUCAGCUCCAGGCCACAGAGGCUCUCAGAGCAUCUAAGGAGGUCUGUCAGCAGAUACAAGCCCAGCUACAAGACAAAGAGCAGGAGAUCAAAGACCUCACUGCAGUCAAGGACAACCGGAUAAAGGAGCUUGAGGAUGAUCUGAAAUGGAUGGGGACCAAAGUGAAGAAGUUGGAGGAUGAGCACAUUCAGAAAUAUGAGCAUGCUGUCCAAGCUCUAAAGGAGUGUGAAGCACAGCUGGAGGCUCAGCGUCAGGCCCACACAGAACAGCUGCAGAAGGCUGACAAACACAUUGUUGAAAUACAGGAGAAUAUGGAAGUUCUGGCUGCACAGACACACUGCAAACACGCAGAGCAUCAAAAGGCCAUGGAACAGAAAGAUGAAACAAUCCACAGGCUUCACACAAAGGUAGAAACCAUCCAGACUGGCUGGGAUGAAUACAUCACUCACAUCUCCAGUGAGAUGGUUGUCAAGGAUACAAGGAUAUUGACCCUGCAGGAGAGAGAAUCCAAGCUUAGGACAGAGCUGGAAAGGAGCAGGGAGGAGAUGAAUAGGUACAAGCAGCAGCUGAGUGCUGGUUUGAAGAGAGAGAGGGCCUUGGAACAGAAGCAAGUCCAACUGGAGCUGGAGUGGCAGAGGCACUAUGAGGACAUGGAGGCAAAACAUUGCCUCACCAAUGAGCAGCUAAUACAAGACCUGACACAGGCUAGAGAUGAGGCUAAAGCAAAGCUGAAGGGGAAAGAACAAGAGCUGCAGGACUUGACUGUCUUAUUACAUUCUGUUAAAAAUGAGAGAGACCAGGCAAUACAGGGUCUCACACCAAAGCCAAACUCUCUGGCGUCAGAGGAGAUCCAUCAUCUGCAGGAGCAGAACAGCAUCCUGCGGGCUGUGGUUAAUCAGAUGAGGAAAGACAUGGAGAGUCUCAGCCAUGUCCCACCCAUUCCCCAGGCCCAGCCACAGGCCUCCUCUCCUCUGCUAAUUCAGCAUCCUGGAACCCCUGCCACCACUUCUAUCACCCCUACAGCUCAGAUGGCCACUGGACCACCAGCCCAGUCUGCUGACAUCUCUUCCCCAAUCAACCCAGCAGGUGACUUGUUUCUACAAAAACAUGACAAGACCUCUGCUUUGAUGGUGCAGGAGGUGGAUGUGGCACAUACAGAGUCUACUCUUGCCAACAUUAUAGAACAGAGUGCACUGGUACGACAGCUUCAAAAGGAGAACCUGUAUUUGCAGCAGGCUUCAGAUCUGAUGUCUGGUGGCUUGUCUGAAAAUGUCCAGAAUGCAAGAAGCAACCCUGCUCUCCUGUAUACUAGGCUGAAGCAGGCAGCAUCCUGUAUUGCCCUUUUGAGCAGAGAGAAACAGCAACUGAUAGAGAUGGGCAACCGCCUUCGUGCCAAAUUCACCACCGCUAAACCACAAGAACAAGUGGAGCCAGAGAAAGACUCCUCCACAAAGAAACAAGGAGACCAACAUGACCGACUGUCUACUCUGGAGCAGCUGCAGUACCAGCUCACCACACAGGAGCUGCAGUAUGCUCUAAGGCAUAGGGCUUGCACUGUUGCUGAACAACUCCUCCCUGGAACCAACAACCCAGGUCCUUCCACACAAGGGACUGCCAACCCUUGGUCCCAGGAGCACAAGGCCACAGACAGGCCUGAGAGCUCCAAGAACAAGGAGAACACUCCUCCGCUCAGCCGGUCACAGAGCUUGUUAGAAAUGGGGCCUCAGACCUACACAGGUCUGUCCAGGUCUCAGCUGUCAUCAGAAGAAUCACUGCGGUCAUUAAAGGAAGUGUGGGAGAUACUAGACCAUGGGCUUAGUCCAUCAAUUUUCUCAGAAGGUGACGGUGAGUUGAAGGGGGAGGUGGGUGAGUCUGGCGGUGCUGGACUUCAGAUGAUGGUGCAUGGUACCAGUGCGGCCAUUCAUAAACGACCCCUAACAGAGGUCCGGCAGAGGAUGCACCUCGCUACAACACCAUCAAAUAUUACCAAGACCAGCAGACCUGGAGCACCUGGCAGGAUGAGUAAGAUCAGAAACUACAAUGUUAAAGACUGACACACCCAUGCAGGACAAUCUAAGUAUCUCCAAGUCUGAUGUCAUCAAGGUUAUGUCAGCUAAACAAUCUUAACAGGAAGUCUGCAUUGCAAUGGGGUUGAAAAAGAAGGUCUAAGAAGGUGUCACGUUCUGGGAUCCUGUUUCUUAUACAACCCUAAGUCAGUGUCUUUAUAUUUUACUGCUUCUUCCAGCAGCUCACAUGUCUGAGCAGUUGAAGAUCACAAUAGAUUCAUAUGUUAAUAAAACCAGAUUUUAUAGGAAUAUAGGAUUUAUUAAGUCUAAUAUUUUUAAAUGUAUGUAUUGUUCAAGGCCAUUCUGUAUGUUUUACUGCAUUGUAAUAAACUAUUAAAAUGGGUCAAACUAAAUUCUAUGAAAUAACAUUGGCUGUAAAGUUUAUUUUUAUUUACCAGUGUGUGCUAUAAAAUGUAUUUAUAUUUUUAAAAAAAUCAUAUUAUACAAUAUGGGCAGUGAAAUUCAUAAAGAAAAGUUUUUUUUACUCAAAUUUUAUACUUUUUGAGGAUUAAUGUGCUCAUCAGGCCAGAGUCUACAUAAUGCGGGACUACUUCCAAGGAUUCCAUGUGUCUGUGUGCUUGAAGCCUGUUAUCACUGCUCUGCCACAGUAGGUCAGUAGGAGAAAGUUUCCAUACAACAUCAGGCUAUGUGAAAUGAUGAACUCCAGUA